AUGUUGUUAGCGAAGCGUCGAAGGGAAUGUUUUGCUUUUCUUGAAAGAGCUAUAAGGGAAGAGUUUGAAAACCUUUACUAUUGCAUACCUAACAAUCCUUUAUCUGGAUGGAUUCAUCCCAUUGUAGAUGACUUGGAUUAUGCCCAGUUUAUAGAUACCGGGUAUGAGUAUGGGGAAAUUUCAAUUUAUGUUGAUUGUAAUGGGAAUGGUUUGGAGGAAUGGUGGGAUGAUGACAUGAAUCUAGUUGUUAGUGAAGACGAAAGUGGCAUUGAAGAUGAGGGUAGAGCUAGAAAUGAAGGAAACACUAUCUCUGAUGGAACUCAUCCCAAUGUAGGUCUUGAAGAUGAAGUCAUUGACCAUGACAACACAAACCCUUGA